AAGUGGCGGAGUUCUCAACCACGCACGUACGCACACGGGUACGGACGUCGUUAUGUUUUCAAUUCAGGCGUGGCUUUUCAAUGGGUGUGGCGGCACAUGUGGGGAAAUGUUAGCAGUCACCAGUCAGUGAGGUGAUGAAUCCAUCACGGUGAAGUAAUCAUGACAUAAAUCUGAAGAGGAAGAGCAGAAAAAUCCCGGUGGCAUGGAUCUUCAGUGAUUCUUUUAUAUUGUUUUUGGGAGUUGAAGGUCUCCGAGGCAGGAUUACUGGAGGAUAGAGGGGCAUUUGUUUGUUUCACCUGAAGCAGAAGGAUGGGGCUGCUGCAGUUUUUAAAGUCCCAAUUUUUGUGCCACCUGAUCAUGUGCUAUGUGUUCCUGGUGAGCGGACUUAUUGUCAAUCUGAUACAGAUCUGCACCUUACCUCUGUGGCUGGUCAGUAAGCAGCUGGCCCGCAAGAUAAACAUCAGACUGGCCUACUGCAUUGCAAGCCAGAUGGUAGCUGCCCUAGAGUGGUGGUCUGGGACAGAAUGCACGCUCUAUACCGAUCCAAAGAGCUACCCACUCUAUGGAAAAGAGAAUGCUAUUGUGGUCCUCAACCACAGUUUUGAGAUAGACUUUCUGUGCGGCUGGACCUUCUGUGAGAGAUUUGGAGUUCUUGGGAGUUCAAAAGUUUUGGCCAAAAAGGAGCUGGCCUAUGUUCCAGUGAUUGGCUGGAUGUGGUAUUUCCUCGAGAUAGUUUUCUGCAAAAGGAAGUGGGAGGAGGACCGGACAACCGUGGCUCAGAGCCUGCAGAAACUGCGGGAUUACCCUGAAAACUACUGGUUCCUGCUUUACUGUGAAGGAACACGCUUUACCCCAAAGAAACACCAGUUCAGCAUGCAAGUAGCUGAAAGCAAGGGUUUACCUAAACUCAAGUACCAUCUUCUUCCCAGAACCAAAGGAUUUUAUGUAACUGUCCAAAACCUCAGGGGGACUGCUGCAGCUAUUUACGAUUCAACACUAAACUUCAGGAACAGUGAAGUACCGACUCUUCUUGGGAUUCUCAACGGAAAGAAAUAUCAUGCAGAUUUAUAUGUCAGGAGGAUUCCUUUAGAGUCCGUUCCAGAAGAUGAGGCGGAGUGUGCCGCCUGGCUACACAAACUUUACCAAGAAAAGGACGGCUUUCAGGAGCAGUACGCACAGACGGGGCGUUUCCCUGGCCCCAUUGUGAGCCCCCCACGUCGGCCGUGGUCCCUGAUCAACUGGCUCUUCUGGUCCUGUGUGGUCCUUUACCCUCUCGGCCUCUUAAUUGCCCAACUGCUCAGCUCUGGGGCAGUGCUCACCAUCGCCGCAGCUGUGGUUGUGUGCUCUGCAGUGUCAAUGGGAAUGCGCUGGAUGAUUGGCCAGACUGAGAUUGACAAAAGCUCAAACUAUGGGAUUAAGGCUGCUGCUCUAAACAACAAUUAAGGAUUGCUGCUGUCUUCCGGGCUGCUUUGUGGAGAUUCACAGACUUGGAAGCUGCCAGAUGCAAAAAUGUUAGGUGAACAGUAACUUGACUGGUAUAACAAGUACAGACUUGUUUCAUGGCACAACACAGCCGGGCUUAAAGCUGUGCUGCAGAAGCUAAAAUGGAAGCUGCAGAAAUGGAAACAUGGUGUGGGUUAACUUAUCUGAGUGGAAAUAUUUUAACAGUACAAAGGAAACCGAAAUUUGAAAUUGCAAUAAGCCAAAUGUAGACUACCUCUUCGACUGAAGUGUACAUCAAGUGGCAUUUGUACUUUAAGAUAGUGAUGCUAUUUUACAUGUUAAGGUUUUGUUCAGCAUCUGUGGGCCUUUUUCUCUCUUCAUUUCUAUUUUUUGUCCUGGCUCCAGUAAAAUCAGUCAACGGCAACAACACUCCCCGAAGGCUUUGAGUUGACAUUUAAAUCUAAACGAUAAAGACGAGUCAAACUCAACGUGCAAGUGCAGUAGAUGCUCGUAUAGCUUUUUCACAGCUCGACCUUAUUUUAAGACGUAUUGAAUUUCAAAAAUAUUAAUAAAGACUUGAUUUUUAUUGAAACUA